AUGAAGCUUUACCUUGUCACCCUGGCCUUGCUGGCCGGAAACGUUGCUGCGGCUCCAGUUCCGUCAAAGGAUGGUCUCACCGUUCAUGCAGCCCGGUCAGAAGCUGCUGAGAUGAUGGGUAUCGCAGCGCGAGGUGAUGAUGCGGAUGAUGCCUACCACACCAUCACGCCUCACAAGCGAGGUGAUGAUGCGGAUGAUGCCUACCACACCAUCACGCCUCACAAGCGUGGCGAUGAUGCGGAUGAUGCUUAUCAUACCAUCACUCCUCACAAACGUGGUGAUGAUGCGGAUGAUGCCUAUCAUACUAUCACGCCUCACAAGCGCGGCGACGAUGCCGACGACGCUUAUCACACCAUUACUCCCCAUAAGCGUGGCGACGACGCUGACGAUGCUUAUCAUACCAUCACACCUCACAAGCGCGGCGAUGAUGCGGAUGAUGCCUACCACACCAUCACGCCUCACAAGCGAGGUGAUGAUGCAGAUGAUGCCUACCACACCAUUACUCCCCAUAAGCGCGGAGACGACGCCGAUGAUGCCUAUCAUACUAUUACCCCCCACAAACGCGGCGACGACGCUGACGAUGCCUACCAUACUAUUACCCCCCACAAACGCGGCGACGACGCUGACGAUGCCUACCAUACUAUUACCCCCCACAAGCGCGGCGAUGAUGCUGACGAUGCUUAUCACACCAUCACGCCUCACAAGCGUGGCGACGACGCUGACGAUGCUUACCACACCAUCACUCCCCACGACCAUUAA